AAUGAAUGAUGGAGAUAAUAGUAAAAUAAUCUCAAAAAAAUUAAAUCCAGGAACAGUUAUUGCAGGUAAAUAUAAGUUAUUAGAGAAAAUUGGUGCAGGAUCUUUUGGAAUGGUCUUUAAAACUUAAAACUUAAAAAAUGGGGAAUUAAUUGCAACUAAAUUUGAGAAAAGAGAUGAAAGCUAAAAAGGUGUAAGUUUACUAAUUAGAGAAAUCAAAGUAUUAUAAGAUGUUAAAGAUUUAAAAGGUACUAUUAUUGUAAUUAUGAAGGGUUUCCAUAAUUAAAAUUCUAUGGUAGAGAUGACCAUUAUAACUUCUUUAUGGAAUCUUAUUUAGGAAUGAAUUUAGAAUAAAUAAUGAGAAAAUGUGGAGGAAAAUUUAGCUUAAAUACUGUUUUGAAGAUUGGUCUUUAAUUGUUAGAAAGAAUUUAGGGUAUUAAUAAUAUAAAAGUAUAGCAUUACAUGAAAAAAACUUAAUUCAUAGGGACAUCAAACCAGAAAAUUUUACGAUUGGUCGACAAGAUUGUAGUCAUAUUUAUGUUAUUGAUUUCGGAUUAUCUAAAUAUUAUCGAGACAGUAAUGGAAAACACAUUCCAUUUGUAAGUAAUAAAGGAUUAAUUGGUACAGCCAGAUAUGCUAGUGUGAAUGCUUUAAUAGGUUUUAUAUACAAUAGAUAUAGUUAUUAGGAAAUGAAUAAUCUAGAAGAGAUGAUAUUGAAUCAUUAGUUUAUGUAUUAAUAUAUUUCUAUUUGGGGGAAUUACCUUGGUAAAAUAUAUAGGUGAAUAAUAAAGAAGAUAAAUAUAAGAAAAUAUUAUAAAUGAAAUAGAAUAAUUCUUUGGAUAAAUUAAAUGACUUAUUACCUAAAGUAUAUAUCAUAUUAUUUAUUAAGUCUCUAGUAAAAAUGUUGAAAAUAUCAAAAUCAUAUUAAUUCUAGUGGACUCCAGAUUAUGUUGGUUUAAAAAAACUAUUAUAAGAUGAAUUAGUUACAGAUUCUAAAUAUGAUUGGGAGAAUAUACAAGGUCUCUUUUCAGAUAAAGACAAUUUGAGUGUCUCUAUUGAUGUCUAAUCAAGCUCAAAUUAAUUUGAUGAUUUAAUUGAUAUAUAACCUGGUUUGUAGAAUUCAAUGUGUAAGGUCACAUAAUAAGAAACUAAAUUUAUAAAUGGUAGAUUAGAUAAUAGUCGGAAAAACAUAAUUUAUUUAGAAGUUCCAAAAAGAAACUCUAUAAUUCUUGAAGGAGCUUCUAGUCCAGGUGGAACAAUAGCUUCUUUCAAUACUUCUAAAAUGAAUCAUUACGAGGGGUCAAAUAGAAAUCUAGCUUCUUAUAAAUAAUUUAUUGAUGUUCAAGUCUAAUCUUUAGAAAAUGAAUAUGAUGAUGAUUAUAUACCAAAUUAAGAUGAUUCGCCUUGUCUAUAUGUUAGAAAUUUGGUAAUAGGCUCUAAAUAUGAGGUCCAUCAUUGAA